UUACAUGAGCUCAGCGGCCUCCUCGUCUCUGCACCUUAUUCUAUUUGCUCCGUUGAUCUCUCCACCCAACAGGGACGCAUCUGCUUCCUCCCAACUCCCUCGAUCUCUUCUCACGCGCCAUAGCAGCCGUUUAUAUAUACAUCGUCGUCAGACCCUCCGUCCGGUAGUGACUACCAAGAAUUCGCAGACUGCCGGAGAAGGCGGACAGAUGGCCGGAGACGGAGUCGAAGGAGAUCGAGGCGCCCGCGCAUAGCUCGUCGCAAGAAUUGGAUUCGGAGGGGAAGCAGCUCAAUUCAGAGGAUCGGGGAGGAGAAGAAGCCAAAGACACGCAAAGGGGAGCGAACGUCCCGUCUCGAGUGGACGCAGCGGCGAAAAGUGGAAAAAGGCAGAGGCUAGUGGCGGGCGCUUUCUGUCAGGCGCACCUGCCCCGGCGACAUCGAGGGAUGUUCUUGGGCCCCGUCGGCUCAUGGCGAUCCCGGACACCAGCGGCGGCGGCGGCGGGGCUCGCCACGUCAGGUGCCCCAAGUGCCGCAGCGUCCUCCAGGAGCCCGCCGGCGUCCCCGUGUACCAAUGCGGCGGCUGCGGCGCCAGCCUCCGAGCUAAACCACGCAGCGCCGACGCGCAGGACGCGACCGUGAGCGCUGCGCAGUCCUCGGAGAGCGCCUUGCCGUCGCCCCGUCUGAGCCGGAGCGGCCGCUUGGGCUCCGGCGAUGUCGCGAGCACCAGCGCCCCCGCAUCCACUCCCGACGCUCCGGCCAGCGCGCGGCACCAAGGCGCUGGCGCCGCGCGCCGGUCCGAGACCGGUGGGCUCACGCCGGGGAGAGAGCAUCGUGUGCCCGACCAAACGUCAUCGGGACGCGAUCUUCGGAGCGCCGAUCAGGGCGAAGCUGACGGUGGUUCGGAACGUCACAGGGCAAGAGGUGCUGUUAGUGCUUCUGCGCAAGCGCCGCCCGAGGGACGCGAUCAUCGGAGCGCCGGUCGGGCCGGAGCUGAAGGCGGUUCGGGGCGUCACAGGGCACGGGGCGCUGUCAGCGCUCCCAGUCCCAGUGCCAGCGCCGACUUCUCCAGGGGAACCAGAGAUGCCGCCGCAGAGUCGCAAAAUUCAGAGAGGACACGAGAGGCUCACCCCGAACCUGUUGCUGGUGCCGCGGCGACCAAGAGAGGUUCAGCCGAAGCGGCGCGGCCUCCGUCCCGGGAUCUCGGCGAAGCUUCCCCAGUGGCCGUUCGUGCCGCAGAUUCCCGGUCUGCGCCGGCUGCGGUGAGCUGGGAACGUCGAGACGAUGCCGCGGCGGCGGUGGUUGCGGAGGAGAAGGCGCCGAGCCCUCCCCCUCGCCACGCGGCACCGCCGCAGAAGAUGAGUCCCCUGCACGAGAAGAUCCUAAAGACGGUGGAUGAGCUGAAAGACGACCUGUCCGAGCUUUUCAGCAAGUCCCCGGAGCGCAACCCAAGCACGCCGCCGCGCACUCCUCGCCAUCGCGCGCAAGAAGGCUACGCCUCUCGCCCGGCCAUCCCUACCAGCAGACCUCGCCACGCUGCGGCCGCUGCUGCUCUGCACCGUCGCGGCAACGCAGGUUAUGCUGCCGACAAGCACGGCCACGCUGCUCCCCGCGGCUUGCCGUCGCGGCGGUACCGCCGGUGCAGGGCUGAUACGUUCAGCGGCCACCACGCGCGGCUUGAUGAACCUUGCCGUCGGCACAGCUGCUGCGAUCACGGUCACGGCAAGCCCGAGUGCGGCAGCUGCAGGGGACACUGCUGCGGCGGCUCGGGCAGAGCGCGAGAGCCCGCGCGGCCGGAGGCCAAGCGGCGCGCGCCGCCGCCGAAGCAGCACUGCCGGCCGGUGCUCAAGGGCGCGCCGUUCAUCGUCUGCUCCAGCUGCUUCACGCUCGUCCAGGUGCCCGCGGGCUUCGCCGUGGCCAGCGCCAGGGUGCGCGACCUGCGGUGCGGCGCCUGCUCCGCCGUCCUCUCCUACUCCUACCGCGACCCGGACAGGAAGAAGCCCGCCGCUUCUCCGGCGCGCCACGUCGGCGCGCGGCCGGACCUGUUCUCGUUCAUCGAGGACUUCGCGGGCGGGGUGAGCAGCUACUCCACCACGGAGGACGAGCGGCCGCUGCACGUGUCGAGGAACUCGUCGUUCGACACCGACGUCGCGGCGGAGGAGGCGGCGGCGGCGGCGGCGCGGCCGCAGAGGCAGGGCAACAGCCUGCACCGGCUGAUGGGGUACGGCUCGGCCAGCGAGCUGCUGCUGCGGCGCUCACCGAGCCUGUACGAGUACGGGAGCUUUGACAAGAGAUCGACGCCGCCGUCCAACGCGAGUAGGCGGUACGACGACAGGAAAGGGAAGGCCAUCUGCCUGGAAACGGACGACGACGUCGCCGGCGACGACGACUCGGACGACGGUGGCGCGCUGAGGCGAUCGAAUGUGAGAGGAACUGGUUGGGGGCACGGCAGGGGGGUUCCUGCACCAGGAGCCAUCAGGAUCAGGUCGUAACACAGGAGAUCGACUCGUAUAUACUGUAGAGAGAAUAGAGAUUCAGGUGACAGAAUUCUGACAGAUAUAGUGAACUGUUUUUUGUUUCGCCAUUCGUUUAGGUAGGCAGAGACUGGGGAUUCAUUGGUGUUUGGUUGGAUUUUUUUUCACUGCCUGAGGUUAGCAAUGCUGCAUAAAUGUGGAUAAUUAGCCUCAACAUUGUGAUUCAUCACACCCCUUGUUUGGAAGUGUCAAGUGAACAUUUCUUUUCA